AUGCAUACACCGAUUGCCACGAAAACUAAUGAUAAGAUUAUCGCUGAAGACUCGGACUCAGAGAUAUAUUACUCAUACGAUGACGAGUCAGAUGAGGAAUACACCACUCCAUUGGCUGCCAAAUCAGUGGUGACAUGGGCUCUGAAUCCACUCGCGAAAGAAUGGCGACAAAAGAGUUGUUCUGAGUUUGACAGACAAUUAGUGAAUGGGAACCAAUUUCUGGAACCUCUCGUCACUGAUAAUGGAUAUACUGUCACAUCCAUUGAUUCCAUUACCAGUGUCUCAUCCUAUGACCCAAUAAUGAGUCGCUUUAAAGAAUUUCUAUGGGAAGCGUUCAAUAACCCAAUGGAUUCCGAUAUCGUAUUUAUUUUGCAAAACAAACCCAUUUAUUGCAAUAAAGCUAUUCUGAAGCUUCGAAACAAAAAGUUUUGGCAAAAAUGUGAACAGAGUUUGGGCACUGAAUCUGAAGUGAAAAUCAGUGUUUAUUCUUACGAGACAUUUAUAGCACUUCUCAUGUAUUUCUAUGGACUCACACCCGACGUGAAUGACCGCAACUGCACUGAACUGAUAAAAUUAGGCAACAUUUAUGAUGAACAGGAGCUCAUUGAUCUCUGUACUCAACACAUAUCCACUAUUAAAUCAUAAUUUAAAUCCAGUUUUUUGCAUUUCAUUAAAUCUCAC